AUGCGGCCAGCGCCCGUCCCCUCGUCUCCUCCCCCCUCCCUCCCUGUCGUCGCACGGACCGACGGCGACGGCCGGGCCCCGCCCGCCCGCCUGGCCACCGCGCCUAUAUUCCAGCCUCCCCUCUCCCUCCCACCCGCCUCCCUCCAGCGCAGCCGCCAGCCUCCGCUGAAAAGUCCUCCAACCCCAAAGCUCCCCCCUCUCCGUCGGAGAGAUCCGGGCCGCCUGCCCCCAAUCCCGCCGCCCCCCGCCUCCGAAUCCGCGCGGCGUCCACGGGCGUCGGGCGGAAGAAGCCUCGCGCGCGCGCGCGCGCAUUUCCUCCGUCGCCUCGUCUCGCCGGGGAUUCGGGAGGGGCUGGGGCCCGCGAGGGAGGGAGGCGGGAUGCCGAUUGGGGUGUCGGACGAGCUGCUCGGCACGUUCGUGCCGAUCGCCGUCUACUGGCUCUACUCGGGGCUCUACGUCGCGCUGGACGGCGUGGAGCGCCUCGACUCGUACCGCCUGCACCCCAGGGGCGAGGAGGCCGCCAGGAACGUCGUCUCCAGGGGCGCCGUCGUCAGGGGCGUCCUCGUCCAGCAGGCCUUCCAGGUCGUCGUCGCGCUCACGCUCUUCGCGGUUAUUGGCGAUGAGAGUGGUAUUGCACCGAAGCAGCCUUCUGCUGUGGUGAUAGUGCUGCAAUUUAUCAUCGCGAUGUUUGUCAUGGACACAUGGCAGUACUUCAUGCACAGAUACAUGCACAUCAACAAGUUUCUGUAUAAGCACAUCCAUUCCAAGCACCACACUCUUGUAGUCCCUUAUUCCUUCGGGGCUCUUUACAAUCAUCCUCUCGAGGGCCUUAUUCUGGACACCAUCGGCGGUGCUCUCUCAUUUCUCCUCUCUGGUAUGACUCCACGAACAUCCAUAUUCUUUUUCUCGUUUGCGACCAUCAAGACAGUGGAUGACCACUGCGGGCUGUGGCUUCCCGGUAACAUCCUCCAUGCGUUGUUCAACAACAACACUGCUUACCAUGACAUCCACCACCAGCUCUAUGGCAACAAAUACAACUUUUCGCAACCUUUCUUUGUCCUCUGGGACAAGAUACUCGGGACAUACAUGCCAUACUCUCUCGAGCACCGGAAAGGAGGAGGGUUUGAGUCCCGGCCAGUCAAACCAGUAGAGCAGACCAAGGCUGAUUAA